CGGGCGUCACAGGUCCUGACAGCGAAGAAGUUGGCAGGUCCUGACUGGGGAGAGCUGUGGCGGAGGCACCUCCGUGUCCAGUUAGCCCUGGUGAUGGAGUCGCAGGUCGCGGCUGCAGGGGCUGGAGAGACUGAGGCAGAGGCGGAUAAGGGUUCCAUGAUUGGCGGUGCCGGACAGGAGUCGUUGGUCUCGGCACCCAAAGGGGCCGUCCGGUGGCAGCUCUUGCGACAGGUUCUGAAGCAGAAACAGCUGGAUGAUGGUCUGAGACAUGUAUCUGUGAGAAGAUUUGAAUCAUUUAAUCUGUUCUCAGUCACAGAAGCCAAAAAAAGGGGAACUGAAAAAGAGGCUGGUGUGUGGGUCCAGUACACAAGCAUCUUUUAUCCCGAAUACAGCAUCUCCUUAAGACAUAAUAGUGGAUCCUUGAAUGUCGAAGAUGUACUUACCAGCUUUGACAACACAGGAAAUGUUUGUAUCUGGCCGUCUGAGGAGGUCUUGGCUUACUACUGCCUUAAGCACAGUCAUAUAUUCAGGGGCCUUGCUGUGUGUGAGCUAGGGGGUGGCAUGACAUGCUUGGCUGGGCUCAUGGUUGCUAUUUCUGCAGAUGUCAAAGAAGUUCUGCUAACUGAUGGGAAUGAAAAGGCCAUCAGAAAUGUGAACAACAUCAUCGCAAGCAAUAAGAAGACUGGCGUGUUUAAGACUCAGGCAAUAUCAAGCCGCGUUUUACGAUGGGAUAAUGAGACAGACGUCUCUCAACUGGAAGGACAUUUUGACAUUGUUAUGUGUGCUGACUGCCUAUUUCUGGACCAGUACAGAGCCAGCCUUGUUGAUGCAAUAAAGAGAUUACUCCAGCCCACAGGGAAAGCCAUGGUGUUUGCCCCACGCCGAGGGAAUACUUUCAACCAGUUUUGCAAUCUAGCUGAAAAAGCUGGUUUCUCUCUCCAAAGACAUGAAAAUUAUGAUGAGCGCAUUUCAAACUUGCACUCCAAGCUGAAAAAAGAAGGGUCGGACAUAUAUGAAGAAAAUCUCCACUACCCAAUUCUGCUUAUUUUAACCAAAACGGGAUAGAAGAAAACAUCAGAUGCACAGAAUGACUUCUAUGCGAUGAGAAGUCGCCACGGCUCCCCUGGGACUCAGGGCUCCACCCACUUUCGAGCAUUCCACAUCUUGGGACUCCGCCCAUUACUCUGGCCCUCCGCAGCUCUCCCACCGUUUCUUUUUAAGGCAGCUUGUUGCUCUCCUGUACCAAACCUUUGUGUGUUUUUAUGUGUCAGUAGCCUGUCUGAGAUCAGAAUUUGACUUGUGGAGCAAUCUAAAUAGUUCUUUCUAAAGCAGAAAAUUUUUUUUAAUGAUUUCCACCUGCCCCCCACCCCCUCUUUUUAAUUGCCUUUGUUCUGUUUGGUAAUAGUAGUCUUUAUCUGUAAACACAGAAAACAUUACCCUUAUUUUCUGGAUAAAUAAAUAAAUCUUAUUUUUCUGAUGUCUCAA